AUGAGCGCAGAAUUAAACACCAUGCUGAACGCUCAGCGUGACAUCCAUUAUCGCAUGUCAAGAUCGAUGGACAAUCUGAGGAACCUGUGCAAUUCGGGCAUUAAUCCCGGCAGCAUCGAAGCCCGCAUUAGGAUCCUGGAUCAGCUGUGGGCCAAAUUCGAAACACAGCACGAACUUAUCCGCAUCACCUACAAGGAGAGAUAUAACGAGAGUGAGUACGCAACUGACUUUUUUGAUACUGCAGAAAAUACUUACAUUCAACAAACACGCGGUAAGCUCGCCGAAUACGCCGAAUGUUACCAAACCGUUCUUUCAACGUCGGCUGCGUCGAACGAGCAACAAAAUAACGAUCGCUCAUUAAAAUCCGCACUGCCAAAGAUAAAAUUAUCUCCGUUCUCAGGCGCGUACGAAUAUUGGCCGUCCUUCCGCGAUUUAUUCCUGUCUGUGAUCGGCGAGAAUUCUGCUAUGUCUCCGAUUGAGCGAUUUCAUUACUUGCUCUCGGGCUUGCAAGGACCUGCGGAAAAAUUGAUACGGCCGUGA